CACGCCACUCCUACCAGGCCGACAUCGAGGCUCGCUCCCCAGGGAGGGUCAAGGUCCAGGGGUCCGGCGGCUGCCCCGAGGUCCGCUAGGAGGUGGCGGCACUGGAGUGGCCUUUCUCCAGCCUGCACCGACCCCGCCUUGAGUGCCCUGCGUGUGACCAACGGUGGUACCGGAGCGGCCUUAGAGACUGACCGCUGCCUCUGAGUUGAGUCUUAAGCCCCUCGUUGGGCCUGGCCGAGCCCCCGGUCUGCGCCUUUCCCCAGCCUGGAGACGAUGCCAAAGCUGCAGGGCUUCGAGUUCUGGAGCCGCACCCUGCGUGGCGCCCGCCACGUGGUGGCCCCCAUGGUGGACCAGAGCGAGCUGGCCUGGAGGCUGCUGAGCCGGCGCCACGGAGCCCAGCUCUGCUACACGCCCAUGCUGCACGCCCAGGUCUUCGUCCGCGACGCCAACUACCGGAAGGAGAACCUGUACUGCGAGGUGUGCCCCGAGGACCGGCCCCUCAUCGUGCAGUUCUGUGCCAAUGACCCGGAAGUGUUUGUUCAGGCGGCUCUCCUGGCUCAGGAUUACUGUGACGCCAUUGACCUGAACUUGGGCUGCCCACAGAUGAUAGCCAAGAGAGGUCACUAUGGUGCCUUCCUGCAGGAUGAGUGGGACCUGCUCCAAAGAAUGAUUUUGCUGGCCCACGAGAAACUCUCUGUUCCUGUCACGUGCAAAAUCCGUGUCUUCCCGGAGAUUGACAAGACCGUGAGGUACGCCCAGAUGCUGGAGAAGGCCGGUUGCCAGUUGCUGACGGUGCACGGGCGCACCAAGGAGCAGAAAGGGCCCCUGUCAGGUGCAGCAUCCUGGGAGCACAUCAAGGCCGUGCGGAAGGCUGUGGCCAUCCCUGUGUUUGCUAAUGGGAACAUCCAGUGCCUGCAGGAUGUGGAGCGCUGCCUCCGGGACACGGGUGUGCAGGGCGUCAUGAGCGCAGGUGGGCAGGGCCCGGGACAGCAGCUGGGGCCCCAUGCACAAGGCCUGAUGCCACCACCCAGGUCGGUCCUUCCCAAUGCCUACUGCCCUCCCCACCGCGCUGUUCGCCCGUGUGGCUGUGGCUGCUGGCCUCUCAAGGUGUCCUUGGGCUCUGCCCGCUGUCCUCCCCUCAGGCCCAGGGAGGGGAGCAAGGAGAGGGCGGGUGCGCGCAGCAAGCGGGCCCUGGAGGAGGAGGAGUGUGGCACGGAAGUCCUGUCCAAGAACAAGCAGAAGAAGCAGCUGAGGAACCCCCACAAGACCUUCGACCCCUCUCUGAAGCCAAAAUAUGCAAAGUGUGACCAGUGUGGAAACCCAAAGGGCAACAGAUGUGUGUUCAGCCUGUGCCGCGGCUGCUGCAAGAAGCGAGCCUCCAAAGAGACUGCGGACUGCCCAGGUCACGGAUUGCUUUUUAAAACCAAACUGGAGAAGUCUCUGGCCUGGAAAGAGGCCCAGCCUGAGCUGCAGGAGCCUCAGCCGGCAGCACCCGGAACACCAGGUGGCUUCUCCGAAGUCAUGGGCAGUGCCCUGGCCUGAAGGCCCAGAACCCCCACCCCCAGGACUGCUGCUGGAGCCUGGACACGUCCUACUUAAGGAAACGCCUUUUACUCAGGGAAUCUCCUGCUACUUAAUGUGGAAAGACACGCCCAUGCCCCCCUUCGGCCCACUCUGGGGCCUGGAGAUGCUGCAGUGGGGAGCAGGCCCCAGGCUGGACCUGCCCUGUCCUCAGCACGCGUGUGCAAAAGCGAACAAUAAAUCAUUUCAAAGAUGC